AUGGAGACAACUUUGAGCGGCUUGCCGGGAGUUUGUGUUUACCUGGACGAUAUCAUCGUGACUGGAGCAACCGCAAAAGAGCACAAGGACCGCCUAGCGUCAAUUCUCCAGCGGCUGGCUGAGGCAAACCUACGAUUGUGCAAAUCCAAGUGUCAGUUUCGUGUGGCAGAGGUUAAAUUCCUGGGUUACAAGAUUGAUGCAGCAGGGAUUCACACAUCUGAGGAAAAAGUGGACGCUAUCGUGAAGGCACCAGCGCCCACAAGUAAGCAGACACUGCAGUCAUUUUUAGGCAUGUUGGCCUUCUAUGAUCGAUUUCUAGAGCAUCGUGCUACAGUUGCAGCAACCCUGUAUGAACUUCUGGCAAAGGACAAGACUUGGAAGUGGGAGCAACGGCAUCAAAAGGCGUUUGAUGAGCUGAAACGGUGCUUGUUGUCGAGGACUGUUUUGUCACACUAUGACGAAAGCAAGCCCCUCUUGAUUUCAUGUGAUGCCUCACCUUGUGGUGUAGGUGCAGUGCUUGCUGAGCUGGACAGCCAAGGCAGAGAGGCACCGAUUGCGUUUGCAUCCCGAACAUUGGGUGCUGCUGAACGUAACUAUGCACAACUUGACCGUGAAGGUCUUGCUGUAGUCUUUGCAGCCACACACUUCCACAAGUACAUUGUGUGUCGAGAAGUCACGUUCGUGACUGACCACCAGCCGUUACUGGGGAUUCUCGGACCACGGAAGCCGUAUCGUGCCGGUAGUCGUCAUCAGAAUGCAGAUGCGCUGAGUAGACUGCCUCUGCCAGACCGCAUUGAAGAGCCUAACCCACCUGGAGACGUGCUCAUGUUCGAGGCGUUACCACGACCGCCGUUGACAGCUGAGGUUGUGGCCACACUAACGCAAGAGUAUCCAAUCCUAGCAGCGGUAUUUUCAGCAGUACAGAAUGGCACCGUGCAGCGUCUGCAGGGAGACAGUUUCACCCCAUACCGCAGAAGAGCCACCGAACUGGCUAUCCAUCGAGGAUGCAUCAGCUGGGGCUCAAGAAUUGUCAUACCAGCAGGAGCACGAGAACAGGCCAUUUCAUUGGUUCACGCAGGCCAUCGUGGAAUUGUAGCCAUGAAAGCUUGUGCGCGCAGUUAUCUUUGGUGGCCUGGCUUGGACGCCGAGAUCGAAACAACUGUCAAGUCAUGCGACCAGUGCCAGCGCACCCAGAGCGAUCCAAAAAAGGCUCCAGUUCCAAAUUGGACGCAGCCAACGACACCAUGGCACACAUUGCACGUGGACUUUGCAGGUCCGGUAGAAGGACAUACCUUUUUGGUUGUUGUCGACGCUUUUACUGAGUGGGUAGAGGUGCGAGCGGUGAACAGCCCAACAUCAACAGCAAUCAUUAAUGUGCUGCGCUCUUUGUUUGCCACUUUUGGCAUACCACGCAAGGUUGUGUCGGACAAUGGGGCUGCAUUUGUGUCUUCCGAGAUACAAGACUUCUACCAGAGAAAUGGCAUUCGAAACGUAACGUCAGCUCCUUACCAUCCUGCUACAAACGGGCAAGCAGAACGUUAUGUUGGGGAACUGAAGAGGGCACGGGCCAGAGAACCAUCCGGUUCGCUCAGUGCUCGCUUGUCACGUUUUCUGUUUCGGCAGCAUACCACGGUACAUCAGUCAACCGGGUUAACACCGGCUAAAGCCAUGUUCCGGUGGGAGCUGCCAAACCAGUUGGACCUCAUCAUUGCAUCGGAAGGACAGGAGGCUGCACAACCAGACCUACCCAAGAGUCGUCAACUUAUGCAAGGAGAAGCCGUAUGGGUAAAACGAUUCGGCAAGGGGCCAGACUGGACAGAAGAAACUCUCGUUAAAAGGAUGGGCCACAGAUCCUGGCUUGUGAAAUGCGCAUGCAGAAUUGUGAGACGCCAUCUAAACCAGCUCAGGAAGCGCACCGGCGAAGUUAAGCUGGACAGACAAGCCUCAGCAACGCUCACAUGGGGCAUGGACAGUAAUCCAGCGGAAAGCACACCAGCUAUGCCAUCUUCACGUCCACUCGAAUCCGAAUCGAGCAUACCGAAACGACCAGCACGGAUCAGACGGCAGCCUACUUGGUACAAGGCAUCCUUCUGA